GGAAAGAAAGGAAAAAAGAAAAGGCCACCCACUCCUGUGUUCUGUUCGAUAGUCUGCAUCCCACGUACCAAAUCAGCAACUAAUCUCUCUUUUCUUUAUUCAUUCAGGUGCUUCUUUCCUAAAAUCACAAAAAUAUUGCAAUUCCGAUCUAUACCAAUUCAAGAUUUGCAUUCCACUAUCAAAAAAAACCGCUGUAAGCUGUCUAGAUCAUUUGCCAAAUCUCCUCAUUUGGCAAAAAUAUUUUGAGGGUAUAUCUUUGUAUAUGCCUUUUGAUACACAAUAAACGGUCGUUUGUAUGGUUUUUGAUAGCAUGGUUUAUGUAGUAUUGAAAAAUUUUUAGUUUUUAUUGAUGGAGUGAAUCAAGAUAAAAGGGGUUCUACUGGUUUUUGGUAAAAUGGUAGUUGGGCUAAUUGUUUCUUGGAUAUUUGCUGAUGCAGUAUUUUAGGCUUUAAGGGAUCAAUGGUACUGAGUAAAAUGUGUUUUGGAGGUGAUUACAUUGGUUUAUGGAGUAUUAAAUGUGAAAGUUUGAGUUUUUAUUGAAGAAGUGAAUCAAGAUUCAAAGGGAUUCUACUUGUUUUGGUGAAAUGGUAGUUGGGUAAAUGGUUUCUUGGAUUUGAAGGUAUCAAAAUGGGCUUUGAAGGUGAUUACAUUGGUUUAUGUAGUAGUAUCAUAUGUUAAAGUUUGUAUUUUUUUUAUCAAGUGAAUCAAGAUUCAAAGGGGUUCUACUUGUUUUGGUAAAAUGGUAGUUGGGCUAAUCGUUUCUUGGAUAUUUGCUGUUCAAUUAUCUUGGCCUGUGAGGGAUCAAUGGUACUGACUAGAAUGUGUUUUGAAGGUGAUUACAUUGGUUAUUGGAAGUAGUGGAACCAAUGUCUGGGACAAUAAGUACUUUCGGUAGAAGUCUCUCUCAUAAACAGAGGGCAUUGACAGUUAGCAGCCCUAGAUUGUUCGAUAAGUCCGUUAGCAGCCCUAGAUUUAGUAGGAAAAGCGAGGUUUCAAGACUUUUUUGUGUACUUAUAGCAUUAGGAUCUGCUGUUUCCUUUUUCCUGGCAAUUGGAGGAGGGUAUUUAUAUGUUUUGCCCAAUCUUACAAAAGCAUCUCAUGAGGAGGAUGUCGGCCUUAGUUUUAAUGGUUCGGAUAGUUUUUGUGACAUAUUUGAUGGAAAAUGGGUAGUCGAUAACAGCUAUCCCUUGUACAAUGCCUCAGAAUGCCCCUUUGUGGAGAAAGGAUUCAACUGUUUGGCUAAUGGUAGAACCAAUGAUGAUUAUCUUAAGUGGAGGUGGAAGCCGAGGAAUUGUGAAAUCCCGAGGUUUGAUGUGCAUAAUCUGUUGGAAAUUCUCCGAAAUAAGAGAAUUGUUUUUGUUGGAGACUCAAUGAGUAGGACUCAGUGGGAGUCCUUGAUAUGCUUGCUAAUGACCGGGGUGCAAGAUAAGGGAAGUGUAUAUGAAGUAAAUGGGAAUAAGAUCACAAAAGUAAUUCGCUUUUUGGGAGUGAGGUUUAGUUCCUUCAAUUUCACUGUUGAAUUUUAUCGAUCAGUAUUCCUUGUCCAGCACAACUGGUCUUCCAAAUAUGGAAUAAAGAGAGUUAGAUCAACCCUUAAGUUGGACAAGCUUGAUGAUAUCAGCAACGAAUGGAUUAAUGCAGAUGUCCUCAUAUUCAAUUCUGGACAGUGGUGGGUACCCGGGAAGCUUUUUGGAGUGGGAUGCUAUUUCCAACUAAAUAAUACACUCAAGCUUGGAAUGUCAAUUCCCACAGCAUUCAGAACUGCCCUUGAGACUUGGGCAUCCUGGAUAGAUACCAAAAUUAACCCUAACAGGACACGUGUUUUUUUCAGAACGUUUGAACCAUCUCACUGGAGCAAUCUAACUCUGCGGUUGUGCAAUGUGACAAAUCAACCUCUUUCAGAGACUAAGGGUCAGGAGAGUAACACAUUUUCAGACGCAGCACUAGAGGUGGCGCGCGGAAUGAAAGUUCCAGUUACUGUGCUACGCAUAACUCCCAUGUCCGCGUUCAGGAAAGAUUCACAUGUCGGUAUUUGGAGUGAUAAUCCAUCUCUCUCUGAUUGCAGCCACUGGUGUCUACCUGGAGUUCCUGAUCUUUGGAACGAAAUGGUCUUUUCAUACCUUCAUCGUAGCUAUCGCCAUAUGCCUUUGCAUCAACAAAGAGAGUUCAACAGCAUGGACUGAUGUACGAUAAACAGGAAUUCAUACCAGCUUAUGUUUUUCUAUGAAGGUCAAUCAAUUUUGCAAUUCCAGCAAAAAAAAAAAAAAACAAUUUUGAACAGAAAUGUAUAGUUACAUGGUGAGAAGAAACUCUUGUACCGGGAAAUUUAUUUCUUUUUCAUCAUUUUUUUUCGUUCACUAAAUUCAUUUUGUAAGAGGGAAGGAGAAAAAAUGUAUAUCAUUCCCAGAAUGUUUGUCUUGUAUUGUGUAAUAUUUGAAAAUUAAUAUCUAGUGUUCAAAAUUUAUUACACUGA